AUGAGUGUUAACGGUAGCAACAGUAGCCAGGUGGGCCACCAAGAUGAUAUCAGAAAUAUCAACGAUGUCCAAGAUCCCAAGAUCAAAGGUCCUCAUCUCAUGGGAGGUAUUGGAGCUAUCCGGUUACCUCCAACCGAGGGAAAUGCAGUGUUCCACAUAACGAGCACUAUGUUGCAACUCUUGCAAUUAAAGGGACUUUUCAGCGGGUUGGCUUGCGAAGAUCCUCACGAGCAUCUUUGUAACUUCGUGGAUAUGUGCGGACCAUUCUCAUUCAAAAAUAUCUCUCAGGAGUCAGUCUGGUUAAGAUUAUUCCCUUUCUCGUUGAUGGGAGAGGCGUGCAAAUGGUUGGCCGAGUUGCCGCGUGAAUCCAUCACUUCCUGGGAGGAAUUGCCAUAUGCAGUAGUAGCCCAACUUUUAGAUAGCAUGACAACUAUCAACAGAGUGUGGUACACUCGCGAGGACCAAGUCUCUCCUCUCAUCUUCAAGCUAUCUAAGCAGCUGAUUGAAAAAGAUCAUGAGAGAGACCAAAACAUGGCCAAGAUCAUGACAUAUCUUGACAUUCUAUCUAAAAAUGUCAUGGGGGCUGGUGCCCGUGGUGUCAAUGCCGUGGGGGUCGGGUGUGCGAAUUCUGAGGAGAUGAAGUUUGAAGCUUUGUAUAACGAGGAGGUAAACUUUCUAGCCAGCCAAGGCGGUGGCUAUCGUUCAAACUACCCAAGGCAGGGUGGUAACCAAGGUUGGGCUAGAGAUGAAGGCUGGAAGGAUUGA